UUCUUCAAUUUCCUUUGCUUAUUAACACAACACAACACAACACAAAAAUGGCUUCAAUUUUUCUACUCUUUUCCAUCUUCCUUCUCCCCCUUCUCCUUCUAUUAUUCUUCUUCCAAAUUCAUAACGACAAUAAGUUCCUUAUCAAGAAACUCCCUCCUGGUUCAAUGGGUUGGCCUUUAAUCGGGGAAACCUUUCAUUUCUAUUCUCAACAUCCAACCUCCUUUUUCCUUGGAAAGCAAAAAAGAUAUGGAGAGAUAUUCAAGACCCACAUUCAUGGGUGUCCGUGUGUGAUGUUAGCGACGCCCGAGGCGGCUCGGUUCGUGCUAGUCACACAAGCUCAUCUCUUUAAACCUACAUAUCCACAAAGCAAAGAGCGAUUAAUUGGACCAUCGGCUCUGUUUUUCCACCAAAGUGAGACCCAUUUGCGGCUGCGUAAGCUUAUACAAAGCUCCCUCUCACCGGACCCUGUUCGAGCCUUGGUCCCUCACAUCCACGCCUUAGCCAUCUCUGCAUUGCCUUCAUCGCUUAGUGGUCAUGUCAUUGACACUUACCAUCAAAUGAAGAAGUUCUCUUUUGAAGUCGGAAUUUUGGCAAUUUUCGGACAUUUGGAAGACACCAACUACAGAGAAGAACUAAGGACAAACUAUUCCAUAGUGAACAAAGGCUAUAAUUCUUUCCCCACCAACAUUCCGGGAACGCUUUACAAAAAAGCAAUUAAAGCAAGAAAAAGGCUGGAAGAGAUCAUAAGCUGUAUAAUAUUAGAGAAAAAGGAGAAGAGAUCAAAGGUAUUAGGAGAGAAGAAUCUAUUGUCAUGUUUGGUAAAAUGGAGAGAUGAAAAAGGAGAAAGUUUAAGUGAUGAACAGAUCGCCGACAACAUUAUCGGAGUUCUGUUUGCGGCUCAGGACACAACGGCCAGUGUUCUCACUUGGGUUGUUAAAUAUCUACAUGAUAACCCCAAAGUUCUUGAAGCUGUCAAGGUGGAACAAAAGGUAAUUGAAGAAGACAUUAAUGAGGGGAGCCGACCAAUGAGAUGGUCUCACACACGAAACAUGCCCUUUACCAAUAAGGUGGUGUUGGAGAGCUUGAGAAUGGCUAGUAUUAUAUCAUUCACUUUUAGAGAAGCUGUGGCUGAUGUUGAAUAUAAAGGUUAUUUAAUACCAAAAGGUUGGAAAGUAAUGCCUUUGUUCAGGAAUAUUCAUCACAAUCCUGACUACUUUGUUGACCCUCAUAAAUUUGAUCCUUCAAGAUUUGAGGUUGCUCCAAGACCCAAUACAUUCAUGCCAUUUGGCAGUGGUGUCCAUUCCUGCCCUGGGAAUGAGCUUGCCAAGCUUGAAAUCUUCAUCAUGAUCCACCAUCUUGUCACCAAAUUCAGGUGGGAAUUGGCAGGGCAGAGAGAUGGAAUUGAGCAUGGGCCGUUUCCAGUGCCUAUAAAUGGGCUUCCCAUCAGAGUUUGGAGAUUAUCCACUUGAUAUUGGGCCUCAUUUCACUGACCCAAACGGAUCCUCUUCCAUCAAAAUGGGCUUCGUUUGAGUAAGCCCAAAAGUGUUAUUUUUGUUGUUCUUUUUGGUCCUUGGCCCAAUUUUGGGGAGGGUCAAGUUAGAGAUCCAUCCAUCCACCCCUAAGCAAAUAUUGUGGCACCUUCAUCCUAUACUCUUUUUUGUCCACUAAUGAACCAAAAAGAGAAAAAAAAAAAAAAAAGUAUGUAAUUUUCUAGAAGCUCAUCAGCAAAAGUAUUGACAGAGCAUAGGUUCUCCCAAAGGAGAUUUUUUCCUUUCUUAAUCACAUGAUAAAAUUCUUCAA